AACCCUAUAGUCAGAGAGAAUCACAUUUUCAUUUCUUAAUUAUUCUGUUUGUUAGCAAUGAAUUUUCAGUUUUUUCCAUUCUGCUAAUGUUACUUGGAGAUGGAAUUUCUUGAUACAAGUGAUGCCACAGAUGCUGAGAAAAAAGAGAUCGAACUUAUUUUAGCCACUGGAAGUGCAUCAGUUGAAUUACCAUUUGAAUCACCUGACGAGGAGUCAACAACAAAUACCUCAAUAUGUAAAGAUGACCAAAGUGGCCUUUCUAAUUUAUCUAACAACACUAGUCACUCUUUAGACAAUGGUAAGCAUGGUGCUCCUGUCGAAGGCAAUAUUGUUGAAUCAGGUACUUACAUUGGUCAUGAGGGUUUCAAUGGGCCCAUCGCAGCUAUGCCACCAUUUGGUGGACCUUUUAUCCCGAAUCACAUUGGAGCCGGUGUACUUUCGUCUGCGCCUUAUGCUGCCUUAUACAGUCCAAAAGGAGGAUCCUUCAUACAAGGAGAAAAUGGUGAGGUUCUAUUUUAUGGACCGACUUAUGUUUCCAUGGCCAUGUUUCCAUUUCUUUAUUUUGUUGAGCCACAACAUGGAGAAUCAGUUAGUCUUGGUAAAACCAAGAUUCCAACAAAAGACAAUAUCAACCUAAAUGAGAAUUGUUCAAGUGACAAUAUUAACCAGAAUAAUAUUGAUGGUGUUAAUGAUAUAAUUAAUGUUCCUCAGGAGCAACAUGUUGAAAAAGAAUCCCGACCCAAUGGAUCUAUUGUAAAAGACUCAAAUUUAAAUGUUAUUAAUGAAUUGGACAAUAUUAGUGUUAUCAAGGAAGAUGAAAUGAAAAAGGUUAAACAAGAUGAAGAUGAAGAGAAGGAGGUUAAAACCACCGAUAAGGAAAAGAAAGGCGAUGAAAAAGGAAAACCAGAAGACAAAGGUGAUGAAGAGAAAGGAAAGAAAGACCAUGGAAUUGGUGAAGAACAAGUGAAAGACAAUGAAAAGGAGAGAAACGAUAAAAACGUUAAGAACAUUAAAAAGACUAAAAUUUACAAUAACCACAACAUAAACUCUUCCAAUGCUAACGGAAGCCUCGAUUCUUCAAAUGAUUCAUCCAUCUCAACGUGUACCUCCAUCAACAAUAGUCUCAACCAAUCAUCAACAUCUUCCAAUUCAGGAGGAAUCAAUGUUUCUCCAUCAUCAUCAACCCGAUCAUGGGCUGAUCUCUUUAAAGCAAGAAAUUCUAAUCAUGAUAAUAACUCUAAUUAUUCGAAUGCCUUUAUCACAUCAUCUUCCCAAUCUUCAAAUGCAACAUCUUUAUCUCCUCAAUCAUUUGUCAAUGCAAAUCAGUCAGAGGAAGUUGUAAAUCAAAAUAAUCACAAUUCUAGUAACAAUAAUCACAAAAAACAAAACGAACCUUCAUCAUCCUCAUCAUCGUGUUUCAAAGUAUUUCAAGAAGAUGCCUUAGCCAAUAAAUUAGGAAAGCGGUUAAAGGAUAUACAUUUAAAGCAUUCCUUACCUUACCUAAUGCCAAGAGGGUUUGUCAAUAGAGGGAACUGGUGCUAUAUUAAUGCAACUUUACAGGCUCUUCUCUACUGUCCACCAUUUUACAAUCUAAUGCGAGAAGUUGGUGAACUACCUGGUCUCUUUCGCAAGCAAUCCUCAACACCCAUCAUUGAUAGUUUCGCUAAGUUUUUUUCUAACUUCUUACCAAGUGAGCCAAUGAUAAAACGAGCAAAAUCUAGUGACUUUAAUGGACAAGAUAUUGCCAAAGGUGAACCUUUUGAACCUAAAUGCAUCUACGAUACUCUGGGUAAAAUUAAAAUCGAAUGUCUUAAAGGUAAACAAGAAGAUGCUGAAGAAUUUCUCAGUUCCAUUCUAAAUGGUCUUCAUGAUGAAAUGGUUUCCCUGUUUAAACACAUCGAAAGUAAAACACAAAACGGUGAAUCAAAUCAAAUCACUUCUAAUGGCCAUGGUUCAGAAGAUGAGACUCAUGAUCAAAGAUUAACUAGUGAUGAGAAUGACUCAAAUUUAUGGAACGUUGUUGGGCCAAAACAUAAAAUUCUGCCAACCCGAUCAGCUAAAGUUAAUGAGUCUCCAAUCAUUGAUAUUUUCGGUGGAUCAAUGAUUUCUGUUAGAACGGCUGGAAACGACAAAUGUGGUAAUAGACAACCUUUUUUCACUCUUCAACUGGACAUUCAAUCUGAGAAGAUAAAAUCUGUUGAAGAUGCUCUGAAAUCAUUAACAAUGAGAGAGUCAAUUCAUGGAUUUCAAUGUCCUAAAACAAAGCAAACGAUAGACGCCAGUUAUCAGACUUUCCUUGAUCAACUUCCACCAAUACUGAUUCUUCAUUUAAAGCUAUUCAUUUACGACAAAGAUGGCGGAUCGAAAAAGUUAGUUAAAAAAAUCGAUUAUCCAAUUGAUUUGGAGCUUCCAAGGGAGUGUCUCCACAUGGACAGAGGAAGUGAUAAAAAUAAAUAUUCUAAAUCUUAUAAACUAUUAUCAGUUAUCUACCAUGAUGGUAACGAGUCAGUUAAAGGUCACUAUGUAACGGACCUGUUUCAUAUUGGCAGCAGCCAUUGGUUAAGAUGUGAUGACAUUAACGUCAAAACUAUUAGCGUACAGCAAUUGUUGAAUCCCCAAGCACCGCGGGUUCCUUACCUUUUAUUUUACCGUAGAUGUGACACUUUAAGAAGUAGUAGUUCAAGUCAGCAACAACAACGAGGAUCUAACAACAACAACAACAACACAACACCAAUAAUAAUAAUUCAUCUCAUUAAGUUUUUUUUUCUCUAUCGGAAUUAGUUUAUGUGCUUUCUUUCAAUUUUCAAAAUAAGAGAAACACAAGGAACGGUUUUUACUGUUGAUAUGCUCAUCAUUUUUUUCCUUUCCCGUUUUUCUCAAGCCCGAUUGUUACUCAAUGUAAAUGUAGUCGUAGUUUUCGCACCAGUGUAGGUGUUGAUUACCUCGCCUUCCUUUAAUUCCCUUCCUUACCUACCACUUUCUCUUUCGCUUUGAAAUGGCAAUUUCUUAAACAAAAUCUUUUGGGCUCUCAAUCCGCACUUUGGUUUUGAUCAACUUCAUUUAAACAAUCAUGUCAUUUGAUUAGUUCUCAUAUUAAUCUGAUUAAAUGGAAAAGAUCACAACCAAAUCUAAUAAAUUCUUUAAUUUAAACCUA